UUUUCAACUGCAUAAAAUGGGAGAAGUAAAAACAGUGAAAAUAGACAACUGGAAUGCAAUGGAUGGUGCUAAUUUGUUUACUGAUGGCGAGCGCGUACUCUGUUUCCACGGACCGCUCAUUUAUGAAGCCAAAGUACUCAAAACAAAAACCGAAAUUACGCCGGUUGAAUAUUACAUACACUAUGCGGGAUGGAGCAAGAACUGGGACGAAUGGGUACCUGAGAAUCGUGUGCUGAAAUACAAUGAUGAAAACAUCAAACGACAAAAGGAGCUGGCAAGACUGUGUGGCGAACGGCAGAAGAAGGAGAACAAAAAGCUAGUUAGUGCCAAAGCUAAGAGAAUGGAAAAUGAAUCGCGUGCUUCAACACCAUCCAAAGAUGGCAACACAUCGUUGUCCCUGACAGGCGGCAAUAGCAACAGCAGUGUUAGUAGCACGCCGACGCCAGUAGGUGUUGCUCCAAAUGCCAAGCAUGAAAGCGUCAGCACCAACAGCACAACAAGCAGUAGUACCUCAAUCACAACCAGUCGUGGUAAUCGCAAAUCUAUACAUACAGCACGUCCAACUACGCCACAAUCCGCAAGCAGUGACAAGAAAACCGAGAAUUCUACAACGCCGAUGGACACCACAGAAGAUGAGAUUACGAUGCCUUUGCCCACUAAAACAAAGCGUAUGAGCUCACAUACCAGUGAGCGGAGUGUGGAACAGUCGCGUGCCAGUUCAACGGGUGUUUCCAGCGAUUCAAGCGCACAAAGCCAACAGCAGCCACCAGCCGCAGCAGCAGCAGGAGCGACAGCUGUAAGUGGCAACGAUGCGCCGUGUGUGGAAAGCGAAGAAACAUAUAUAGCCAAGUUGGAGGUUAAAAUCAAAAUACCAGAUGAACUGAAGCAUUAUCUAACCGAUGACUGGUAUGCUGUGGUGCGCGAGCAUAAGCUUUUAGAGUUGCCCGCCAAAGUGACAGUACAGCAAAUAGUCGAUCAGUAUUUGGCGUAUAAGAAGUCGGUUAAGUCAACCAGCGCCAGCAAAGAGGUGGCUAUUAACGAUGUACUCGAUGGAGUUUUAGAGUACUUUAAUGUCAUGCUCGGGUCGCAACUUCUAUACAAAUUUGAGCGCACACAAUAUGCGGAUAUUAUGCAAAAGCAUCCAGAUACCUCACUAUCCGAGCUAUAUGGCUCAUUCCAUUUAUUGCGCUUGUUUGUGCGCAUGGGAUCCAUGCUAAGCUAUUCCUCAUUAGAUCAACCGGCUAUGCAGGCGUUAUUAGUGCAUCUGCAUGAUUUUCUCAAAUUUUUGGUCAAGAAUAGCGCCAUGUACUUUAGCAUGAAUAAUUUUAUCAAUGUGGACCCCGAGUACGUGCGCAAUGCACAGUAGACAACGCUGCAAAUUCAAAAUAAACUUUAUUUAAGUGCAGCUUAUAUAUGUAGAUUUAGCUAAAACAUACAUAAGAAACUUGUAUAAACUGAAUAAACGUUAU